GCACUGUGUUUCAUCAGUGAUGAUGGGUUCUCUUCGGGCUCACAUUUUCAUCUUUGUUUGGAUAACUUUACCCUUUUGUGUUACUGAAAAAGCCAAAGUGCGGAGCUUCCGACAACGAGACACCGAGUCUACAGAUCAGUACCAGACAUGCCUGCAGGGGCCACCCGGAGUGCUGGGCAGGGAUGGUAACCCGGGGGUAAACGGCAUUCCCGGCACACCAGGAAUCCCCGGGAGAGAUGGACUGAAAGGAGAGAAAGGAGAGUGUGUGUCUGAGAAGUUUGAGGAGCCCUGGAAACCCAACUACAAACAAUGUGUUUGGAACGCUUUAAACUAUGGUAUUGAUCUUGGAAAAAUAGCUGCGUGCACGUUCACUAAGCAGCGUUCAGACAGCGUUCUGCGUGUGAUGUUCAGCGGUUCUCUCAGACUCAAGUGUAAGACGGCCUGCUGUCAGCGCUGGUACUUCACCUUUAAUGGAGCUGAAUGUACCGGACCCUUACCCAUAGAGUCCAUCAUUUACCUGGACCAGGGCAGCCCUGAGCUCAACUCUACCAUUAACAUCCACAGAACAUCCACAGUGGAGGGACUCUGCGAGGGGAUCCAGGCUGGUCUGGUGGAUGUUGGUAUAUGGGUGGGCACCUGUGCAGAUUACCCCCGCGGCGACGCGUCUACAGGUUGGAACUCAGUAUCCAGGGUCAUCAUUGAGGAGCUUCCAAAAUGAGCUUUACUCGUUCCUUUGCAGCCCCAUGGCAACGGAAUAUAAAACAUCACAUUCUUUACAUGGGACAUCCUUAUAGAGCUAUGUCAAAUUACAGCUAAUAAUGUUGUUUUGGGUUUGUGCAGCUUGAGGCAUUGCUGAAAAUGAUUCUCAGUAUGAUCAGUUACAACAACUCAGUGAUGGAGCUAUGGAUUUUUAAACACUACCAUGCUGGUUAUAAUAUUACCAUUAUUUUUAAGUACUGUAAAAACCAUCAAAUCGUUAUUACUGUAUCAUACAAUCACUG